UGGGAGUCAUUGCUUACUGCUGUGCAGCCUCUGCAUGCUUGCAGCUCUGACUCCACGACCGCAACGCGUUCAUCUCAGCCUGUCUGCCCAAAGCGAUCUGCCCGGCUUUUCUCCUGUGCCUUUCCCCAUUCUUUCUUCGUUUUAUUUACCUCGCCUGCGAAUUUUAAUGCUCCCUGGCUUUGCUUUGACUCGGUGCAUCCCCGAGAACCCUUGACAUGAGUGGCGUGAAGAACGAAAUUAAUUCAACAAGCAAGUCUGGCUCUUUGCAACCCUCCAGUUACAGCCUUCUGCUCCUUUGACCGUUUGCCCUGUUUUAACCUGCAGCCGCUUCGAGGUUUCUCCGAAGGUCUGUGUCCUGCGGAGUCGCACGGAAAUCAGCGCAUGCUCUGCAGCCCAGCUGUUGCAUGCAAGAGUUAAGCCUUUUGCAUGUUCCGUCAUUGCGGGAGCUCUGGCAGUCGCGGGUAAUCCAGAGCAGGGCUGUGCCAACAGGCAUCUGGAGUGAAGCCAAAUCCCGUCAUGUGAACUCGCGGUGCAGUUGCCAACGACCAGUGGAUUUUGCCCUGGCCUGGGAAGAGCUGGGACUGAGCAGAAGCAGCAGCAGCAAGAGAUGUGGGCAGGCCGACGUGUGGAAGAGCUGCCGAGCCCGGCGUUCAUCGUGGAUCUUGACGUGGCAGAGGGGAACGCGCAGCGGAUGAGGGAGCGAUGCCUGGCCCUGGGCGUGGCCCUCCGGCCUCACAUGAAAACCCACAAGACCCUGGAAGGUGGGCAGCUCAUGACGGAGGGCACGCUGCGGAAAAUCGUGGUAUCUACGCUGGCUGAAGCCCGGUUCUUUGCCGACGGAGGUUUCGAUGACAUCUUGUACGCCUACCCUCUGCCCUUUGACAAGGUUGAGGAUUGCGCUGCCUUGGCGGAGAGACUGGAAAAUUUCCACGUUCUGGUGGACAGCUAUGAUGCCCUGGCCGUGCUGAAACGGAGACCGUUGCGCCAGGGCAAGCGCUGGAAGGUGUGGGUGAAGAUAGACUGCGAAAAUGGCCGAGCCGGCCUGAGACAUAACGAUCUGGCUGCCCUUGGGCUGGCUAAGGCCAUUGCCGAGGGCACGACCGAAAUGGCCGGGGUCUACGUCCACUGCGGCAACUCGUACAGCUGCCACGGGGAGUCCGAAAUCCAAGCCGUGGCUGAGUCCACCACAGAGCUGACCCUGAACUUCAUGGACAGGCUGCAGGAGGCCGGGCUGAGCUGCUCCGUCUGCAGCAUCGGAUCCACGCCGACCUGCAGCCGUCCCGUGCCCAAGAUGGGCAGGCUCACUGAGGUUCAUCCCGGGAAUUACAUCUUCUACGAUGUCCAGCAGAUGAUGGUCGGGUCAUGCCGCCGGGAGGAGAUUGCCGUCCGCGUCUUGACGAGGGUCAUCGGCCACUAUCCGCACCGCAACCAGCUGCUGGUGGACUGCGGCUGGGCCAGCUUGAGCCUGCACAGCUUGGGGCAGUUGCCGACAGGAUACGCCCUGGUGGACGGCCACCCUGACCUCAAGUACGCAACGCGCGGCGGCCAACUCGGGGGGCGGGGGUGCACCCACAGCCGCUGGCCGCCCCUGGCCCUCUUGACGCCCUUAGCAGAGGUCCCCUGCACUGAUCUGCAGUGCCCCCCCCCCCCCGGAUUGUUAAAAGGCACGGCUGGAACAGGCAGGGAGCCUGUGAAAUUCGGCCCACCUGCAGUGCCCAGCAAGGCCCCAGUGAAAUGCCUUCUACGGUUUACGUCCAGCUGGCAUCUGGAAGUCGCUACUUCCCGGCGGGUGUCCGGGGUUGCAUGUGCCACGAGAACGGACGAGAUCGCCCAGCUUUUGGGGCCCCUCUGGGAGGUUUGGAAUAUUGAGAGUCGUGGGCGCUCGCACAAGAGGACCGCCACGGGGCGGGAGGCGCCUGUUCACAGCCCGAACCCUAAUUGAAGGCCCAAAGUAGAGCGGUGGUGGGGCGGAGGGGGUGAGAGCCAGGAGGCAGGGUGCCCAGAGCUCUGGAUUCUGGGAUGGGGCUCCCUCCUCCCUCGUAGGGACGGCACUGCAGAUCUAGACUCGCCCUGAUGCCACGUCUCAGAACGAAACAGCUUUUGCGGCCUUAUACUGGGGGUGCUGAGGCUCAGGCCGGGGGACCAAAUUCAGCGCUCAGAGUCCCCCGAAUGAGCUUCCCCCCUCAAGCCACCCCUGGCUGCCAGUUGGAGUCUCCCGGAUUUUGCAUGCCGUUUCCCUGUGCGGAAGGACCCGCACGGCUCUCCAGAGGCUCAGAGCUGUGCAUUCAGACCCCCUGCUCUUCUAGCCCUGCCCCUUUGCCUCCGGCCCCGCCCACCCGGACCACCGGGAGCUUCUCCAGGGUGGAAUUCCGCACCUGGGACAGAAGAUACUCGGUGCCCCUGCCCUUGCGCGAGCCAGCCCAGAGGAAGGGAGGGGACCCAGUGCGCGGCCACGGGGCUGGCACAGACGGGGGCUGCGGAAUUCUGUGGGGCCGCAGCUGUCGGGGGGGGUUGGAGGCAGCGAAGCCAAUUGCAGGUGGACUGUGGGCUCCUCUCGCUCU